AUGGCCUCGCACGUUGUUGUGAUAGACUCCACUGCUCGAAAGGCUACGGUCAAGGUCACUCCUACAAAACAUCUCACUGAGGUUCUUUCGGAAGCAUGCUCCAAGCUUGGCCUUGAUGCCCGCCAAUAUGGACUCAAGCAUCAGAAGAAACAGAUCGAUCUCUCGCUCUCUAUACGACUAUCCGGGCUAAGCUCCGGUGCCAGGCUUGAGCUUGUCCAGCUUUCGCGCUCCCCCUCCGUCGUCUCCGUUGCCUUACAGCUUCCCGAAUCAGAGGCCCGAGGUGCCCCAAACGGCCGUUUAACCGAUAAGUUCCCCAGUAAUACCACGUUGUGGCAUGUUUUACGGAAAUUUGAAGCUGGGGUGGCGGGGAAUGGAACCACGAGAAACCUGACGGCUAGAGGGGUGCCGUCGACGGCAACUGGUGCGGGGCGGUUGUUUUAUGAGUCUCCUGUCAUCCAAGUUGUCGGGAGGGAGCUAUCGUCGUUUGGGGACCUACAGAGGACUCUUGGGCAGCUGGGGUUCAAUAGCGGAAGUACUCUCCUCAGAUUAAACUUCCGGGCGACGGAUAAGCCGCUCGAAGAAGCCAUGAUGGAAAUCGCGGAGUACUUCAAGUCCACAGAAGAAGAGGAGGAUACAAGUAAUGUGAACGCUGCCGAAAGCUCAGAACGCGAACAUCUCGUUCCGUCAGCCUCAGAACGGGCAAUGCCAGAAUCAUCCGCUACAUCGACCCCAUCCGAUAUUACAGAUCCCACCCCCGAGCAUCAAGACAUCCCAGAACAGCAACAAAAUACGGAAAACUCCACCCAAACCCCUCCUCCUGUGACCACUGUAUCAUCAAGGCCUACCACCGUUUACGCCCCACCCUCGAGCGCAGUACCACAAUCCGCGCAAACCCCAUUCAACGAGCACGACUACGUCCCUACCGUCGACCAAGCAAAAGCUCACCAACUUCACCUCAGCCGCACCACCCGCCCCAACCGCCUCCCCACCGACGCAGAACUGGCGGCACAAGCAUCCGCCCAGGAAACCAAGCUUGCCAGCAUCGUCGAUGUCGAAGUCAAGAUCCGCUUCCCCGAUCAAAGCCAGGUAGUCUCCAAGUUCACCAGGGAAGAUACGGCGCAGGGCCAGUCCGUCAUCCCGGACGUGGCUGAGAAAUUACUCAUUCGCGAUUUGCGCAUGAGUGGCCGCGUGCUGGUGAAUUUCUCCUGGGCGGACGAUGUCUCGUCGCGGGCGAAGAGCGCGUCGACACGGGUGCAGAUACUCCGCCCCGAACUGAGGCAGGUGGCUAGCCAGAUCAAGGUGCAGGAGGUGGCUGCUGCUCUUCCAGCUCGUGAUGAGAAGGGGAAUAAGUCGUUGCUGCAGAGGCUGGGCGGCGGUGAUGGGGAUCAGGGGCGUGCGGACGCGAGGAAAAGGGGUGGCGGGGUGCCGAAGUGGCUCAAGUUACCCGGGAAGAAGUAG